UAAAAAUUAUAUUGUGAAAAGAGUUAUGAGCAACGCUGAUAUGGACGGACGGACGGACGGCGAGGCCCCUGAUAUUCUUAACCCGACAUCAGAAGUGGGAUCUGUGCCACACCCUGCAUUUUCUGAGGAUCAGUGGCGUGCAGUAGUGGAAAUGCAAAAUCGGAAUUUUGCUGAACUUGUAAAAAUCAUGCAAGUGACGCCGGCACAGGCAGCAAAGUGGUGUUCAACAACCGAUAUAAUUCUAACUGAGCACCCCCUUAAAGGAAGUAAAUUGAUCAUCGCACUAAGUAACUGCAUGGAAGGAACUGCAUCUCAGUGGCUAACACAAAUCUCGUACCAGGGUAUGACUUGGCAAGAGUUCCAGGAAUUAUUUCUGCAGCGCUUUGAAACCGAAGAGACGCCGGCCGCUACGUUUUUAAAUUUACUCAACAGCCGCCCGACUGCCGACGAAUGUUACGCGGUGUAUGCGAGUCGGCUGGUGACGACGCUGACUACAAAGUGGCGGAAUAUGGAAAUAGAAGAAAUUGCCGUUACAACUGUUCUUGCGCAUAUGGCAAACAUUGACAGUCGUUUGCAGCGCGUCCUCUUCACAUCCAAUGUGCGUACCAGAAGUAAGCUACAGGCGGAGUUAAAAGCGUUUACGUUCGACAAGAAGCGACAUGCUCGAGAUGACAACCUUGGACCUGACCAGAAGAACCGUAAGGCAUCGCCAGUUGUAUGCCACUUCUGUUCAAAGCCGGGACAUCGAAUUGCUGAAUGCCGAAGUAAAAUGCGACAAGAUAGACAGGCGAAACCGUAGCGUGAAAAAUCAAA